GGUCAGAGAGCACCGUUAUCAGCUGGUUAAAGUGAUCAUAGACAACUCAACGAAAACAGAAAAUGAAAGUAUUAUUUGCUGCUGCCGUAUUGGUGUGCGUCUGGUUCCCGGCCAGCUGCACACUGCUCGACAUCCUGAACACCGUCCACAACAGCCCCUCUUUCCAGAACCUGACGGGCCCGGAACAGCUGGUUCUGGUUGAGAUGGUCGCUGAGACGGAGGCUGGGGAGAUCCACAACUACAUAAAAACUGUCGGCUUCUCCACCGUCCUCGCCAUCAUCGCCAAGCUUCCGGCCGAUGAAGCCCAUCUUUUGAAUCAGUAUCUCAUUGAGGAGCUGAAUAAAGAAGAACAUCAUGCACCUGUGGGCCGACGUGACCUAGCCGAAACGUUAACCGCUGCCAAGAACGACCCGGCUUUCCAGAACCUAACAGCUCCCCAGCAACAGCUCAUACUGACAACCCUCACACACGCCGAGUCCAUGAACCUCACCAAGUUUGUGGAGCAGACUGGUUAUGGAACCAUACUCACCAUCAUUGACAUUUUGCCGGAACCAGAGAUGCAUCUCUUCGAGAACUAUUUAAUUCAGCACCUCCAGCACGAGAAAGCGAUCAUUGAUCACAUCGUGGGCAAAUAGCAGUGCCGGUGUUCCCUCCAUCGACUGCUACCAUGUAUGCCGUGUUGAGUCUCGCAAUAAACUUCAAUGUCAUACAUGAA